AUGUCAUUAUUUCUUAACCCAUACGGGUCACAAGAGGUCGAUCAAGCAAAACUUGAUGUCGCAGAAGUCCAAUUCGAUGCUAUGGCUACAACAUUCAAUACAAUGUUAAAUACUUGUCUAGAAAAAUGUAUACCACAUGACGAAUACGGUGAAGCUGAUCUAAAUAAGGGUGAAAUGUCUUGUAUAGACAGGUGUAUUGCAAAGAUUCACUACACCAACCGUUCAAUAGGUGCAUUUGUUCAAGUAAAAGGGUUUACUCCACAACGGUUUUUACCUCACUACAAUAAAUUCAAUUCUGAAGAUAAUUGA